AUGACUGAUGCUGUACUCAUCGCAUAUUAUCGUGGGAGAGCGAUGAUAGAGGUGCGCCAGAAUGGUGGCAUGGCAGCUAUCGGUCUGGGUAGUGAAGCGGCUAGCGAGUUCUUGAGGGACGGCGUGGUCGUUGCUUGUGAUAACAGCCCGGAAAGUGUCACACUGUCGGGAGACAUUUCAUCCCUUCAGGCCAUGAUGAGGGAUAUUGAGAGUGCCAAGCCAGCAGUCUUUGUAAAACAGCUGAGGGUGGAAAUGGCGUAUCAUUCUUACCAUAUGCGGGGUAUCGGGAAAGACUACGGAGACUUGCUUGAUACGAUGGUUGUUGCUCGGAAAGCCACAGUACCAUUCUAUUCUUCUGUCUCUGGAAGGCUCAAAAUGGGACAUGGAGUGCUAGGGGCCGCGUAUUGGCGAAGUAAUCUCGAGUCACCAGUAUUGUUCAAUUCUGCCGUGAAUUCCUAUCUGAAAGAUAACGACACUGAUACCAUCUUCGUUGAAGUUGGACCUCACUCUACCUUGGCUGGUCCGCUGCGACAGAUUUUCAAGGCAGCGAAUGUGAAUUACGACGUUUCUUACGCAUCCUGUCUUGAGCGGCGUAAAAAUUGCUCCGUUUCUAUGCUUAACUUAGCUGGUACAUUAUGGCAGCGGGACAUAACCCUAGAUCUUAGCAUCUUAUGCCCAGAAAACGAAGUUCUAACAGAUAUUCCGAAUUACCCAUGGUCCCGGGAUACAAAGUAUUGGAAUGAAAACAGAGCUGUCAGGCAAUGGCGGUGUCGAGAAUAUCCGCGUCACGAACUUCUGGGCACGCGUAUCAUAGAGUCUAUAGAUCGAGAACCGAGUUGGCGGGUGCUAUUGAACCUGGAAGAUACUCCAUGGAUUCGUGAUCACAGAGUAGGGGAGGAUAUAGUAUUUCCUGCAGCCGGGUACAUUGCUAUGGCUGGCGAAGCAACAAGGCAAUUAUCAAGCGUCUCGGAUUAUACGAUGCAAAAUAUCCUCAUCAGUACAGCACUUGUCAUGAAGGAGGGCGAAACGCAUGAGAUCGUAACUUCGCUAAAGCCAUCAAGGCUUACAGAUUCUCUUGACUCGGUGUGGUACGACUUUUCUAUUUCAUCUUUCAGCGGAACCUGGCUGUUACAUUGUUCUGGCCAAAUCAAAGCUGGUGGGGCUGAGGAAAAAUCGGAAAUUCAUCAGCCUCUAUCAAGAAAAAUAUCUUCACCAUACCACAGCUUGAAAUCGAUCGGACUAAAUUACGGUCCUUGUUUUCAGGGUCUUGCCAACAUAACAACAAGGCCAGGGGCUAAGAUCGCUUUUGGAACGAUAUUAGCGCCUACUGCUUUUAUUCAGGAUGCUUAUCAACUUCAUCCGACCAGCAUUGACUGCUGCUUACAAUUAUUCAUGCUUGGUGCUUCAGAAGGAGUCUCGCGGCGGUUGGAUCGACUCUACGUCCCUACUGAAAUUGAUUACCUUUACGUGGGACAAGCGGAUUUGUCAGGUGAUUUGCAAGCGAUUGCAACUGCUACAACUGUGUCUACAGCUAGGAUUAACGGUCAUGCCACUGUAACGACCAACGACUCUAAAGUGGUCCUGUCCCUCGAAGGUGGCCAGUUUUCGUCGAUCGAGAACGAUGUUGCCACAACGAAUAAUAUCGCGGGUGCUGAAAUUUAUUAUGCUCCCGAUAUCGAUCUGUACAAUGCGGAAAGCCUCAUUCGUCCUCGAGGUGAUUCCGAAAUGCUUUCAGGUUGGCUUUCUGCAGAAGAGCUUUGCAUGCUGUGCAUGAUAGAAAUGAUGAAACGAGCAAGACCCGCGUCUCUCAGCUUGCCCCACCUAGAAGACUUUUAUUCUUGGAUUGCGUCGCAGAUCGAACCCUUAGAUGAAGAAAAUCACAUUUCCUCCCAAAGUUUGAAGAAAGGACAAGCUAUGAACUCUGGUCAGAGGCUAGAAAAGAUUGAGCAAUUGAGUCAGGAAAUCUCGUCAUCAAAGGCCUCCGCCGUAUCGAACUUGGUAAAGAGGGUUUUUGAUGAUUGGAGUCAGCUAGUGCAGGGUCAGGUCGAACCACUCGAGAUCUUGCUUCCUGAUGAUGGAUUGACCAAAUUUUAUAAUGUCUUAGAAGGUUUGACUAAUUAUAGCGACUUCUUCGCAACGCUCGGGCACAAUAAUCCUGGCCUCAGAAUUCUUGAGAUCGGAGCUGGUACUGGCGGAACUACUUCUGCCAUUCUCAAAGCACUUACAACUCCUAACGGCACUCGGAUGUAUGGAAAAUAUUCUUAUACCGAUGUAUCAAGUGGAUUUUUUGUGGCAGCUAAGGAAAGAUUCAAGGAAUUUGCUAAUAUCGAGUACUCGGUCUUGGAUAUCAGCAAAGAUCCUAUUUCUCAGGGGUUUCCAGUCGAGGAGUUCGAUCUUAUCAUUGCAGCGAAUGUUCUUCAUGCCACACCAAAUCUAAACGCGACGCUCAAGAACGUACGAAAGUUGAUUGCGCCAAGCGGAAGACUCUAUCUGCAGGAGUUGAGCCCAAGUAUGAUGAGACCUGUGAACUUCAUAAUGGGCAUACUUCCGGGAUGGUGGCUCGGGGCAAAUGAUGGUCGCUCGCUUGAACCGUUCAUCAGCACGACGCGCUGGGAUCAAGAAUUGCGAAAAUCUGGCUUUUUAGGGACCGAGACUGUGGUCCUUGACAAUGACGCGCCAUAUAAUCUCAAUGCGAAUAUUAUAGCUCGACCCGAGCCGACAAUCACUACCAAUGGCUAUAAUAGGACUAUUUCAAUCCUGGGAGAUCCUCAAAAUUUUCAGCAGCUCAUUCGACUCUUUGAACAUCGCGGUUACGAUCUCCAAUGCUACUCGACGUGUGAUCGCCUACCAGCUAACCAAGAUAUCAUCUCAUGCUUGGAGCUAUCCAAUCCUUUCUUCGACGACAUUGACUCAGCUAAUUUUGCACAAUUUCAAAAGAUUGCACGGCAUCUUCAGAAUAGCCGUCUUUUGUGGUUGACAAAAUCAUCCCAAAAUUCCUGCAUUGAUCCAAGAUUUAGCCUUGUACUGGGUCUGGCACGAACUCUUAGAGCGGAAACUUCCGUGGACUUCAAUACUUUGGAGAUCGAUAAAUUAGACGAGAAGACUUUCGAACAUGUGGUUGCUGUAUUUGAUAAAAUUAGGCAUCGACAUACAGACCCGACGGCAUCAGAGAUUGAUCCAGACUACGAAUUCGUUCUGUCGAAUGGUGUCGUGCAAGUCGGUCGUUAUCAUGCAGUAACUGUUCCUAGCGAACUGCCCGUACCGACCGAAGCAACUGCUCCGAAAAGCCUGACGAUUGGAAAAUUAGGCUUGCUGCAGUCACUGUCGUGGGAGCAGCGAGAUGUUUUGCCCGAACUUGGUGAUGACGACGUUGAAGUCGAACUACGCUGUGUCGGUCUCAAUUUCCGAGACGUUCUCACCUGUAUGGGUAUUGUCGAAAGCAGCAUCGGAGGUCUGGGUCUCGAAGCAUCUGCCAUAGUUCGAAAACUAGGUAAGAAUGUUCGAGAUCUUGCUAUCGGGGACAGAGUCAUGGUCUUUGGAAGUGGCUGUUUCAGUACGAAGAGGAAUAUUUCUUCUUUCUUGUGCGCAAAGAUACCCGACAACGUUGGGGACGAAGAAGCUGCUACAAUGCCUACGGUCUACAGCACAGUUAUACACUCUUUGAUCAAUCUAGGAGGGUUGCAGGAGGGACAGACUGUUUUGAUACACUCAGCUUGUGGGGGCGUCGGAUUGGCAGCAAUUCAACUCUGUCGAUACUUGGGCGCAGAGGUUUACGUAAGCGCUGGGAAUGAAGAAAAGGUCGCCUAUCUUCAGAACCAGUUCGACAUCCCUCGAAAUCGUAUAUUCCAUUCCCGUGACGAUUCUUUUCUCUCUAACCUGAUGCGCGAGACAAAUGGGAAGGGAGUCGAUUUGGUGCUCAAUUCCCUCUCGGGUGAACUACUUCAUGCGUCUUGGAAAUGUGUGGCUGAAGGGGGACGCUUUAUCGAGCUUGGAAAGCGUGACUUUAUUGGCAGAGGGAAACUCAACAUGGAUAUCUUUGAAGACAACAGGGCUUUCUUCGGGGUCGACUUGAACAGGUUCACUCCAAAGCAAUGUAAACCUCUGCUUGAAAAGACGGCAGAACUUCUCCGAGAAGGACACAUUAAACCCAUUAAUCCAAGAAAAGUGUUUGAAUACACAGAGGCCGAAGAAGCAUUCCGAUAUAUGCAAAAAGGAAUACACAUUGGAAAAGUCCUCGUCAAAAUGCCGGAGCCUGGCGAACACAUAAACACAAGGCCCUUGAUGACAAAAAUAGCGCUGCACGAACACAAAACCUUUAUUCUGAUCGGGGGCCUUGGUGGUCUCGGAAGAGCCAUAUCAACAUGGAUGAUUGAACGCGGUGCACGCCAUUUCAUAUACUUGUCCAGAUCUGCCGGAUCAGAGAAAGACCUCCCUUUCAUCCAGGAACUUGAAGCUCAAAAGUGCUCAAUCCAAACGAUUGCUGGUAGCGUUGCCAACAUGGCCGAUGUCAAACGUGCAAUUGCUGCAGCCAAAAGUCCCAUCGGCGGUAUCCUCCAAAUGUCCAUGGUUCUCCGCGAUCAACUAUUCGCAGAACACGAUUUCGAAGAUUGGCGUACAGUUGUUGAUCCCAAAGUCAAAGGUACCUGGAACUUACAUCACGCACUAGAAGGGCAUGACCUAGAUUUCUUCGUCCUUUUCAGCUCCAUCUCCGGCAUCGUCGGCACAAAAGGCCAAACAGCAUACGCAGCCGCAAACACCUUUUUAGAUUCUUUCGUCUUAUACAGACAUGGUCUUGGACUUCCAGCAUCGGCAAUUGAUAUCGGAAUGAUGACUGAAAUCGGAUAUGUAGCAGAGACCAAGGCUUUGCAUGGGAUGGUAGGGGCUAAAGCCUUACACGCAUUACGCGAAACGGAUCUGAUCGACGCGUUGCAAUUGUCGAUUGCGAGUAACUCCUCGGUGAAGAAAUCGACUGUGCCGGGGAUUCGUAAUGCUUCUUCUUUGGUCAUCGGUCUUCGACCCACCAAACCUCUUGACGACCCAACAGACACGACACCGUGGAAACACGACAGGAGAAUGAGUCUCUACCACGACGUCUCUUCCGGACCCACACAAUCGACAUCUUCAUCCAACGACAAUCUCCGAGCAUUCCUCGGCUCCGUCGAAACUACACCCAGCACCCUCGAUUCUGCAGCGUCGUUCGAGUUUCUGGCACGUCUAAUCGGCACACAGCUUUAUGUGUUUAUGAUGCAUCCGAUCGAAGACUUGGAUUUCGCGCAGACCUUGAGUGGAUUGGGUGUGGAUUCUUUGGUCACGCUUGAAGUGCGGAAUUGGUGGAAGAGGAGUUUGGGGGUGGAUGUCAGUACGUUGGAGAUUUUGGGGGCGGGAACUAUUGAGGGACUUGCGAAGUUGGCUGGGGAGGGGUUGAAGAGGAAAUAUGGUGAGAGCGUCUAA